AUGUCUGGUACCACUACUAGUACUCCGCCAAUGCUCGAGGGAAGAUCUACCUUCAGCACCGCGUACAAUUCAGACCUUGGGGAUAGUAGCCACAAGAACCAGCCUAGCAGAGAUGCCGCACCGCGCUUCAUCGAGGCAAUUCACACCGACUCCGUUUCUGGAGAUGUAGUGAUCGAGUGCCUUCACCUGAAGCAAUCAUGGCACUACAGAACCUUAGAGGAUCGUUCCAACAAUGUGGUGAUCGUACCUGAGGAAAGCGCAAAGCCCAAGCGCUGCCGUCUGGCCUUCAUGCCGGUGGCGAAGGAGUUGCAGAAGUUCAGCUCAACGCGCGAGCUGUGCGAGGCCAUGUCUCACGCCGUACAAGCGCACGAGGACCUGUACAGUAAAGCAGGUAUCCUGCACGGCGAUAUUGCGCCUUUCAACAUCGGGAUCAGCUAUCAAUGA